CCGUCCGCGCCCACGUUCCGGGGCGCCCGCUCGGGGGCCCGGCGGCCGCGCGCUCGCCGCCGCGCACGCCAGGGGCGCCCGGCGGAGGACCGUCCACGCACCGCCCUCGUCGUCUGCGAUCUGUUGCUGCUGCUGGCGCUGCUGGCCUACCCGGUGCUCCGCCUCACCGCGCGCCUGGGCCCCGGGAGCGAGCGGUGGGCCUGUUUGCUGCUGGCCUGGGCGGCCUCCUUGCUGAUCAGCGCCGGGGCACCAAGCCGCAGGAGGCGCGCGCUCGGCGGCGCGGUCGAGGCGUGCGGCGGCUGCCCCGGCGACGGCGGGGCCGCGCUCUGGAUCGGGCUGCUGCUCGUGGUGGCCGCCGUGGUGCCCGACACCGCCGGGGGCCUGCCGCGACGGCUGGAGCUCGUUGCGCUCGGGUCGCUGGCGACGGUGCAGCACUUGGCCCUAGGCCUCCUCCUGGAGCCCGACGAUUGCAGGGGCCAGUCCUCCUCCGGGAGUGGCUGGCGCUGCCCGCGCUCGCGGCGGUGCUGGCGCUCGGGCACCCCGCGCGCGGGGACUCGCGGCGCUUGGCCGACCAGGUCGGGGAGUACCUGGCCGAGCGCUGGCGCUCCUCCAGCCUGCUCGAGGACUGCCGGGACACCCACGCGAACCGCGUGGAGCAGGUCGUGAGGAUCAUCGAGGAGGAGGAGUUCCGCGGCAGGCUGAUGCUCGAGCGGGUGGACCCGCUCCUGGGGUCGGCCGGGCCCAGCGCGGGCAGGCUGGCGGACGCGGUGGGCCACCUUUGCGAGGUGCUGGGGAACCUUGCGGCGCAGCUGUGCGACAGGGAGAUGAACUCCGCCGAGGUCCACGACCAGCUCGCCAGGGACGCCGAGUGCCUGGACGCGCAGUUCCUGUCGAGCUGGCUGCAGCACGCGCCGCAGGACUCCUCGCCGGUGUCUCGCUCGUCCACCGCCUCCUCCCUGGACGACCUCGGGCGCGGCAGCCGGCUCACCAAGACGGUGGCGGGCGUGCGCGCGGACCUCCGGGUCGGGGAGUGGGACUUCGACGCCAUCCGGACGCGCGACAGGCACAGGAACAUCGUUCAGAUUGUCGGCUUCGAGCUGCUGCGGACCUUCUCCAUCCUGCCGAGGGGAGCGUUGGCGGGCUUCCUGGAGCUGUUGGAGGCCGGCUACGAGCCGACGAUCUCGUACCACAACAACGCCCACGCCGCGGACGUGGCGAACUCGUUCUACUUCCUCGUGACCAGGAGCGAGAUCUGGCAGCACAAGGACACCGCGAUGUCCGACAUCAGCCGCAUCGGCAGCAUCGUCGCGGCGCUGGGGCACGACGUGGGCCACUUCGGGCGCAACAACCUCUUCCUCGUCGCCACGCGCCACGCGCUCGCCGUGACCUACAACGACAGGAGCGUGAUGGAGGGCUUCCACGCGUCCUCCCUCGUGCGGCUCGUGGAGCAGGACCACCGGGCGGAGACGGGGCCGCUGAGGGAGAAGCUCCUUGGCGGGCUGCCCUCGGAGCACGGCCCCCAUGUCCGCCAGCUGAUCGUGGCGCUCGUCCUGACCACCGACCCCUCGAAGCACCUGGAGGACCUCUCCACCUUCCGCGUCAGGAUCGGCGCAGACAGCUUCGACCCCCUGAACGACCCAGCCGACCAGCAGCAGGCGCUGUGCAUGCUGCUCAAGGCUGCCGACAUCGGGCACUCGGCGAAGGGGUGGACCCUGCACCAGGACUGGUCCCUCCGGGUGGUGCAGGAGUUCCAUGCGCAGGGGGACGAGGAGAGGCGCAUGGGUCUGCCAGUCUCCCCGCUGUGCGAGCGCGAGGGCUUCGUGCUGGCCACGUCGCAGGUGGGCUUCCUCAAGUUCAUCUGCGUGCCGACCUUCAAAGAGCUCUCCCGCCUCGAGACGACCAUGCACCUGCGCGCCUCGCAGCUCCGAGGGUGCCAGAUGGCGGCGGUCGGCUGCCUGGCCGCGCCCGAGGCGGCGGAGCAGCCGGCAGCGGCGGCGGGUCGUUGUGGCCUGCGCGGCGCGCCAGGCAGGCGGCCGCGCGCUGGCCGCCAGUGGGCCGCCCUCGAGCGCGUGAAGGCGCUCGCAUCCAGGGUCGCGGAGCCCGAGGCCGAACUCAGGAAUACCCUGGAGGUGCACGAGGCGGCGGCGCAGCAGGCUGUGGCCCUGGCGGGCACGGACGCGACGGGGGAGGCAGACGACAAGCUGAGGGGCGAGCUGGUCGGGCGGUUGGCCCUCGAAGCGCCGAUCCUCGCGGCGGGCCUGGCUGCGGAGCAGGGGAGCGUGCUGGUUCCCUGCGUGCCGACGCCGGGCAGGCAACGGCGCAACACGGCGGCGCACGUCUUCAGCACCGCCGUCACGGUCAUCCAGAAGGCUGGCAAGGUCAGCCUCGGCACCCUCGUGGAGCUGACGUACGCGACGGCGCCCGCCUUCCUCUUCGCCGUCCUGCUGGAGCUGGUCUUCAUCCUGGACGGCGGCGCCAGCGCCGGCGCUGUUCCCCGCGCUCAACCCGCUGCCGCCGAGCCACCCCUGCCCUCCAUCGACGGCGCGCGCGACGCGGGCCACACCGUCCAGCGGGGCGUCUCGUUCAACGCCGCCGACUUUGCCGCGCUCGACGCGCAGGAGGUGGUGGACACGACCCUCGUUCUCGAGGAUGGCGUCGGCUCUUUGCCCAACGCCCGCCGUGCGAUGUCCCUCGGCGGGUCUGUCGGCGAGCUGGCGGCCGAGCCAGGCGCGGCCUUCGGUGGCCCUGGCACGGCGCGCAGCACGACUUGCACGGCUUCAUCUUCCCGUCGCACCGCUGCGGACCUCGGAGCCGUCGAGCGCUACCUGAUGACCAACGAGGCGGCCCUCCUUCGUGGGAGCAGCGAGCUGGUCCAGGACGUCGACGGCGGCGAGGCGCUGGAGGAGGCGGCGGCGCUGAAGGCCGACGUGCAGUGCCACGCGCUGCGGUCGGAGGCGAUCGACGCCGGCGCGGGCGUCAGGAAGGGCGUCGAGGUGCUGGAGUUAUUUUGCGGGGCCGCCCCCGACGACCCGAUCGACGAGCGCACGGUCGUCGGCGGGAGGCGGCGCCUCGCGGUGCCGCAGGGGCACAUGUACCAGACCUGGGCCAUCGCCGACCUCGAGCAGUUCGAGGCUCAGGUCGCCUACAGGGAGCUGGAGAAGGCGAAGGCGGCCAAGCGGGCUCGUCUCGCCGCGAAGGCCAGGCUGGCCAGGGCGGCGACUCGCGAGAGGUGA